CAUGUGUUAUAUGUGUAAUAGCGUGUAUAUAUACUGUGUAUUAUAAUAUAAUACUUUUUAUCUCAGUAACUGUAUGUACACUCAUAGAUGUAGAAACACGUUGACAACUGUAACAAUAAUAAAAUGGCGAGUUAGCCUAUUAGUAGUUGUUUUAAGAUUGUUUUUAAACUGAGUGUAGGAAGAUUUUAAUGAACGAAUAUCCAUUUAUGUGUCAUUCGGUUUUCUCAUUCGUCUAAUGCCAUGAACUCUCCUGAUUCAGCAAUUGAAUCUGUUCAAAACACUUCAAAACCUCUCGAUGAAGACACCAAUUGUACUGCUAUUGAUGAGAAUACCGGCCAAUUUUGUGGUGAGAGUGAAACAUUAAAAAUUAUCGAUGAGUUUCAAAAAUUGUAUGAAACUCGUAUUAAAAAUGUUGAUCGAGAGCUCGAGAGUGAAUUUGAUCAAGUUUGUAUGAAACUAGAAAUUUCAAAAGAAUGGAUAAAAAAUUUAAAGGAGCAAAAUGUUAUGCUGGUCCAAGUAGUAGAAGAUCUAGAGCAUGCUGCAUGUAAUCGAGUUAAAUUGUUGGAGCAAAAGUUGAAAAAUUCAUCAGCACUAGUUUCUGGAAAUGUGACAAAGUCAUUGAAUACAGAAAAGACUAUAAAUACACUUUCAAGUCGUGUAAGUGAUUUGGAAAAAGAUGAAGAAUGUAUGAGACAAAGAAUAGAGUAUCUUCAAAGUGACAUUAGAGGCUUAUUAGAAUUAAUAAGACGUGCAGUACAAGAAAAUCAUUGGACGCUAGAUGACAUAAAAUUCUUUGAAAUUGAACAUCGUGAUAUACCUGUUCCAAAUAAUUGCAACUGUGACCAGGUAAAUAUAAACGUCAAAAAGGUGCAAAGUUUAAAAUUGCAAAUUAAACAGUUCCAGGAAAAUGAAAGGAAGAUGAUAAUAUGUCAAAAAGAAUUAGAAGAAAAAGUAACUGAUCUUAAUACCAAGUUGCAGACUAAAGAAGAUGUUAAGAAAUAUCACAGUCAGGUUCAAAAUAUUAGUGACAAUAUUAAAAAACAUCCUAAGUUUGCAGACCACAUUGCUUCUAGUUCAAUUGGAAUAAAUGAUCAGGAAGUUAUUGAUGAGUCAAUAGAAAAGCAAAGUGUUUUAAAAGCUGAAAUAAAGGAAAGAGAUGAGAUAAUAAUGUCUCUGCAAAAGCAAAUGGCUGUAUUACAAACGCAAUGCCAUUAUGUAAAGAUGCAAAGUCACUUUAGAGAAGAUAUCAUUAAAGAAAUGAGAAAAGAACUAAAACAAGCAGUAUCUAAGUGUCCGUAUUCAAACUUGUUUUCUCGUAUUUUUGAUCAUUAUAACCAAGUUACAACUGACAAUCAGGAAAUGGAACUCUUUUAUAAAUUACGUGAGAAAAACAUUAUACCGAAAGUAAUGUACUCACCCACAGGACAUAAAACUGAUGUUACGUUUUGGCAAACUUACGUUGAAAAUAUUAUGAAUUCCAAUAAAUUAGCAAAAAAUAUCUGUACAACGAAAACUAAAGACAAUAAUUUGACAACUAAAGAAACCUAUACUACACAAAAUUUUUGUGUUGAUGUAAGAACAUUUCAAGAGGAUAUGAAAAAGCCAAGAGAUCCUACGUACCAACAAACCUUAAAUGAGAUACUGCAAAUUAAACAAGAUGUAUGUAAAUUAAGAAAUGAACAUGAUGAAUUGAGAUGUAGACUAUCACAAAAAUCACAUUAUCCUGAAUGUGAUAAAAAAACAUGUUUAUGGAAGAGUCGAGUAAUUGACUUACAAGAUCAAGUUAAAAUACUACAGCACGAGGCAAAAUGUAAUGAAGAAGCAAAUAAUUUUCUAAGAAACAAUAUCCAGUCAAUGGAAGAAGAACUCCAUAUAACACAAACAAAAGCAGACAGCUUUAGAAGAUCACAUUCUAUAGAUAUCGUGGAGUUAAAGAAAACAAUUAUAGAAUUAGAAAAUACUCUUAAAUUUCAAAAAGACAUCGAAUGCACUCUUCGACGGCAGUUAGGUGAUAGUGAAAUAGCAUUGAAGAAAUCAAAAGAAUUAUUAAACUGUUCUCACAACGAAUAUUGUAUGGAAGAAUCACUGUUACGCUGCGAAUGCUAUCAAUUUAGACACGAUACAACGACUGCGCCUCAAGUACUGAAGACUGUACAGAAUACUAUAGGGUCUACAAAAAAUGGCCUCCAAGAACUAAAAGCAGAAUUUAAAAAAUUGGUUUGUUUAAAUUUAAAAUAUAAUAUUUACCGAGUUAUUAAUUUCUCCAGAAAAGACAUGACGAAUGAACAUAAGACGAAGAUUUAUGAAGAUAAAGAAAUUCAGUGUAAGAUACAAUGCAAGGAUAAAAAUUGUACCACUCUUGACGUGGUCGAUUAUAAUGAACUGAUAUGUAAUAAUAAGGGACAACGUAAAAACUUAUUACGUGAAUAUGAUUUGCAAUCAGAAUACGAAAUUUUAGUCAGAGAAAAUGAAGAUCUAAAAAGACAGCUACAAAAAUAUAAAUUAGAUUUUGAUAUAAUUGAUAAGGAACUGAAGACGGAACAAGAAAGUAACACUUAUGCUCAGCAGAUCUCGUUCGAAUUACAGAAAUUAAGAGAUACAGAGUGUUGUUUACAAUAUGAAAAUCAACAACUUAAAUCUGACUUGAAAACGCAGACGAAACAAAUAGAAAAUCUUCUGGAAAAGUUGCAGCUUGCUCAAGAAAACAAUACGAAAUUCGAAAAAUUGAUGAAGAAACUGGAAGACAAACAGAUACAAGUAAGAGCGAUCACCGUAAUUGCAAUUUAGCUAUUUUAAAUGGGUGACGGAUACUAUUAA